GAUUUCACAGGCCAAAUGAUCGAUUGCCUGUUACGUUUUCUGGAAAUCCGAAAAGUAGUGCAGAGUUUAGAACAAACAGCCCGGGAAAUUUUAACUCUACUGCAAGGGGUCCAUCAAGGUGCUGGGUUUCAGGACAUUCCAAAGAGGUGUUUGAAAGCUCGAGAACAUUUUGGUACCGUGAAAACACAUCUAAUGUCUUUGAAGACCAAGUUCCCUGCUGAACAGUAUUACAGAUUUCAUGAGCACUGGAGGUUUGUGUUGCAGCGGCUGGUCUUCCUGGCGGCCUUUGUUGUGUACUUGGAGUCAGAAACACUAGUGACUCGAGAAGCAGUCACAGAAAUUCUCGGCAUUGAGCCAGAUCGGGAGAAAGGAUUUCAUCUGGAUGUAGAAGAUUAUCUCUCAGGAGUUCUAAUUCUUGCUAGUGAACUGUCGAGGCUGUCUGUCAACAGUGUGACUGCUGGAGACUACUCCCGGCCCCUUCACAUCUCCACCUUCAUCAAUGAGCUGGAUUCCGGGUUCCGCCUCCUCAACCUGAAAAACGACUCCCUGAGGAAGCGCUACGAUGGCUUGAAGUACGACGUGAAGAAAGUGGAGGAGGUGGUCUAUGAUCUCUCCAUCCGAGGCUUCAAUAAGGAGACAGCGGCAGCUUGUGUGGAGAAAUAGGAGACUCUCCCGGGGCCUGGCCUUGCUGGCCUCAGUGGUUGCCGGCGAGGGUGAGCGCAGGGCCGCUCACUGUAGUUACGGUGCCCUGUUGCUAAGCACCGCGAUUUAUUUUCUUAGCCAGUCGUGUGGUAUGUGUAUCAGAAUCGGAACACUUCUUUGGGGGUUAAAGAUUAGCCUUUACAAGGACAGGGUUUUUUGUUGUUGUUGUUUCAGUGAAUUUGCUCUGUAAUUCAGUUCUGUCAAAAGUGCAAAUGUCAGUCUCUUGGUAAAGUUUAUUUCCUGCUUACCCUGA